GUUGCUUCCUUCUCUUCGUAAGAAACAAGAAGAUCCAUUCAUGGAGAAGGCAACACUCAUGAAGAGGAUCGAGCAGGAAGCAUGUCCAGGACAAGAGAAGAAGGUUGUAGAGAAGGUAGUUGAUUUUUUAGAUGAUUCAGGAGAGAUUGCUGUUGCCGGUGAUGUGGCAGCUCUCAAUCCUGCAUCUCUACAUCAUUAUGCCAUCGGUCCUCUCAUUGCUUCUGAUGAUUUUAAGUGGCACGUCAGGUCAAAGAGGAAGGAUGGCACAGUAACAAGAGAAGAAGCAGAAAUGGCAAUCAAUCAUUUCCGAAGAGAUAAGAAGAUUCAAGUUCAACUCAACACAGAUAAAGUUCUCGCUAUAAAUAGAUCUCUUGGUAUCUGCUUCAAAGUGGAAGGCAGAGACGACGUGUACAUGUUUCCAGCUCUCUUGCCUCCUAAGGAUCUGUCUGUCGUGUGGAAGAGAGACGAGAGUAAGAAAGUGUAUGUCGGUCGACGUCAAGUGUACAGCAGUCAGACGACCAUCUUCAGUCCACCUGCAUUUGGCAUGUUUCAAUCUAAAGUUUGCACUACAUUAGAUAAGAAAGCACAGCUGUGGAGGAAUGGACUGAUUUUAUCACAAGGUGAUACAGUUUCUAAUCGUGUUGAAUGUUUGGUUGCCAUGGUAGAUCCUGUUCGUUCUGUCGAUUUUGUAUGUCGUGGAGGUAAGGCAACAGAAGCAGAAUGCGUUUCCCUGCUCGACACUGUCAUUUCUCUUUGGAGAGAUACGUUAGACAGAUACAGUCCAGGCACUGACUAUGAGACUGAAUAUCUGAGCAGAAAGCAUUUAGAGGAACACAAAGAACUGAAUAAUAUUGUAUGAUAUAGUAUUAGUAGAUGAUAUAGGCUGUACUUAGUGGUCGAGGCUGGAGGACAAUAUUGAUAUUAA